AUGGCGACGAUCUAUGCCAUCGGAUCAAAUGGCUCAGGCCAACUCGGUAUCGGUCACAAAGAAGAUGUCUCAGUCCCAAAACAAGUCCUGUUCGACCCUGACACACAAAUAAACGGAGUCACUCAAAUCAAAGCCGGAGGAAACCACACCCUUCUCCUAGCAUCAGGCAUUCUUUAUUGCUCUGGAGACCACACGAGUGGCGCAUGUGGUCUACUUCCCAGCCACAAAGUCCUGGAGUCCCAUUUUCACCUGGUGCGCUCCAAUGCCGACGAGACCAUUAGCCGAGUCGCUUUCUGUGCUGCGUCUUGGGAGUCCUCUAUUAUUGUACAGCGAGAUCAAAAUGGCCAAGCUACUCAAGUCUACACUUUUGGUACUGGGCACAAGGGCGAGCUUGGCCUGGAAGAGCCAAUUUUUCGCUCCUCAAAAGCUCAACUGGUCAACAACUUUCCACCAGAAGGUCUUGAGAUAGUGGACCUCGCUGCCUCUGUAAGUCACAUUGUGGCUGUGCUAAGCAAUGGGGAAGUUUAUGGGUGGGGGAAUGGUCGCAAAGGGCAGUUGGGUCAACCAGAAGAGGUCAUCUAUGAACCGCGAAAGAUCACUGGAGUGGACUUCAAGGUUGUUCGAGCCGUAUGCGGGCGAGAAUUCACAUACCUCGUUGGAGAAUCCCAGCUUGGACAGCACGUUGUUUUGGGAUCUGAAAAAUGGGACGUGCGAUCAACAGCACCGCAAUCAGUGGCAGGCUGGAAGGAUGCUGGUGCAACCUGGGGCAGCAUCUUCGUUUUGCUGAAAGACGGCAAGCUACUCUCAUGGGGCAGAGACGAUCACGGACAGUUAGCUCCGCCCGGUCUCCCACCCCUUUCCCAGAUCGCAAUCGGAAGUGAACAUGCUUUGGGACUUACUACGGACGGGAAAGUCCUGGCAUGGGGUUGGGGUGAGCAUGGGAAUUGCGGACCAAGUACCACGGAUGGCGAUGUGAAGGGCAAGUGGAAUACUAUUGCUUCCUCGCAGUAUUUGCCACCAGGUAGCAAAAUAUCUAGCAUCGGAGCUGGAUGCGCUACUAGCUGGGUUUGCGUCAGCACAUGA